CAAUUGGGGCCAAACAUCCGGGUUUCUCCUUUUUGCAUUCCUGCUGGUGCUACCUCUCCCCUCUCUCUCUCUGGACGUUUCUUUCACCUGGGCUCAGGUCUCACACUGUUCCCACGAGCACGAGCUUCAGCGACGGAAAGCCUCGAGGGACAUGGCGACUACGGCGACGCCGGCCAGCGGCGUCCGAAAUGGAGCUGGCCCGGAAUGGGGAGGCUUCGAAGAAAACAUCCAGGGUGGGGGCUCGGCUGUGAUUGAUAUGGAGAACAUGGAUGAUACCUCAGGCUCCAGCUUCGAGGAUAUGGGUGAGUUACAUCAGCGCCUGCGUGAGGAAGAAGUGGACGCUGAUGCUGCUGCUGCAGAAGAGGAGGAGGGAGAGUUCCUUGGCAUGAAAGGCUUUAAGGGACAGCUGAGCCGGCAGGUGGCUGACCAGAUGUGGCAGGCAGGGAAGAGACAAGCUUCCAGAGCCUUCAGUCUGUAUGCCAACAUCGACAUCCUGAGACCAUACUUUGAUGUGGAGCCUGCCCAGGUCCGAAGCAGGCUCCUGGAGUCCAUGAUCCCUAUCAAGAUGGUCAGCUUCCCCCAGAAAGUCGCAGGUGAGCUCUACGGACCCCUCAUGCUGGUCUUCACAUUGGUUGCCAUCCUCCUCCAUGGGAUGAAGACUUCUGACACCAUUAUCCGGGAGGGCACCCUGAUGGGCACAGCCAUUGGCACCUGCUUCGGAUACUGGCUGGGUGUCUCGUCCUUCAUUUAUUUCCUUGCCUACCUGUGCAAUGCCCAGAUCACAAUGCUCCAGAUGCUUGCACUGCUGGGCUAUGGCCUGUUCGGGCACUGUAUUGUCCUGUUCAUCACCUAUAACAUUCACCUUCAUUCCCUCUUCUACCUCUUCUGGCUGCUGGUGGGUGGGCUCUCCACCCUGCGCAUGGUGGCAGUGUUGGUGUCACGGACUGUAGGCCCCACCCAGCGGCUGCUCCUCUGUGGCACACUGGCAGCGCUGCACAUGCUCUUUCUGCUCUAUCUGCAUUUUGCCUACCACAAGGUGGUAGAGGGGAUCCUGGACACCCUGGAGGGCCCCAAUAUCCCACCCAUGCAGAGGGUCCCAAGAGACAUCCCUGCGGUGCUCCCUGCUGUCAGGCUUCCUGUUACUGUGGUUAAUGCCACCGCCAAGGCAAUAGCAGUGACCCUGCAGUCACACUGACCCUACCUGAAAGCCUUGGCCAGCCCUGACCCCAGCUCUGGAGAGAGGAAGAUUGAAGGACAGUACUGAGGACGUGUAUCUCUUUGAUGAGGUCUGCAGCAGACACUGAGCUGUCGCUCCUAAACACCUCCUUGGCAUGGGGCUUGGCUUCUCAAAGGCACGAGGCCAGAAACUCCUGGCCAGGACUGCAAGCCUCUGCAGCCAAGUGCAGAAUAUGGGUCAGCUCUUCUGAGGCCCUCACCACCUACCCCUCUUUUCUCUCCCUUUCCCUCCUGUCUUGCUAAAUAUAGACUUGGUAAUUAAAAUAUUGAUUGAAGUCUGGAACUACA